UGACCCCGGUGUCAUCACGGGGAUCCUGGUGCCAUCGUGGUGACCCCUCCCCAGGUUAAUACCUUAACGAGGCCGGCGCUGUGGCAGCUGAUGGUAAUUGCGUUAAUUGAAAGGUUGGGUCUGCAGUCUGCUGUGUGGGUGUUACGCCCCGUCCUCGAUCGGAGUCGGAGAGCUUUGAGUUUGGAUAACAGCGGCCUAAUCCCUUAAUUAACAAAUUAAAACAAGCCGACAGCCAUCACCGUGCCCAGAGGAGCAGCAGUGCUGUUGUCCCAGGCCGUAUCCCCAGGGUUGGGGCUGGAGAAACUCCUGAGGACUGCACUCAAGUGAGCUGGAGCCAAACUGGCUGCAGAUGGAGGGAGGAUGAGCAACAGCACCAAUAAAGGUCCACGAGGAUGAGGUGGGAAGCAGAGGCCCUUCAGCAGCUGAUAACCCCAGUGAGUGGAGAGAAGCAGAGUUCCAUCAGUGUGAUGUAGGAGCAUCAGCAACCCAGGGAUGGAGCCUUGAACCCUGGGAAUGGUUUCAUCCAGGUUUGGUGUCUUUGGAAUAUUGAAGUUCUCGUGUGUUCCAAAGCUGCUGUGGGAUUCACGCGCUUUCCAGCCUGGAGUUCAUAGAAUCGUUAAGGUUGGAAAAGACCACUAAGAUCAUCAAGUCCAACCAUCAGCCCACCUCCUCUACGCCCACUUAUAGGGUCACUGUGGUUGGAAAAGAGCAACGAGGUCAUCCAGUCCAACAACCGACCCAUCUCCAACCACAGACCCAUCAGUUCAACACACGUCUGGGAAGCUCAGCGUCCUCGUCCCCCUGCCCUGCUCGGCCCUCUCCAUCCCCUCCUGCGACAGCUUUGUGGAAUUUACAAUGUCAGCAAAAGAAAACACUUCCCUCCGUCCUUCUGGGCAGAAAAUGGAGAAAUUCAGUCUGCUUCUGCUAAGUGGAGCUUCUCCCAGCCAGCAAGCGUCGUGCGGGGAAAUGGGGCCGCGAAAUGAGGAUUGCAGUGCGGGCUCACAGGGCAGGACCAGCCUUGAGGUUGAGUCUUGAGCCCUAAACACGAGUGCUGAGAUGUAAGACGACGCUCCAUGGAGCUCCACAUCCAGCAUGUGAUGGAGGUUGUGUCCGACCUCCAGGCUGGGCAAGCUGACAUCUCCCUUCCCCGUGGGGCAGCACGGCGCGGCGGCCGUCCCAAAAUAGCCAUCCUUGGGGCAGGUGGGGUUAUCUGAUCCUCCUGCUGCUCCUCUCUGCCCUUGGGCUGCUUGGCAGCGACGUCUGUGCGAAGGAAACGUGGGUUGGGAGGGAUGUGCGGAGCUCAGGAGCCCGUGGGAUGGAUUUAGGGCCCAAAUUUGAGGGUGAGAGCCCGAAGUGCCCCCCCCCGAGCUCUCCUUUCUUGCGUGCAGUGAGCCAACCCACGACGUCGGAUGAGACUGUGGUGGCUGGUGGCACAGUGGUGCUGAAGUGCCAGGUGGAGGACCCCGAUGACUCCUCGCUGCAGUGGUCCAACCCUGCCCAGCAGACCCUCUACUUUGGGGAGAAACGAGCCCUACGAGACAACAGGAUCCAGCUGGAGAGGUCCACACCCAACGAGCUGACCAUCAGCAUCAGCGACGUGGUGCUGUCGGAUGAGGGGGAGUACACCUGCUCCAUCUUCACCAUGCCCGUGCGGACCGCCAAGGCCCUCGUCACCGUGCUGGGAAUCCCCCAGAAACCCCAAAUUUUUGGCCACGAGCAGCCCAUCGAUGAGGAGAAAAUCGCCCGGCUGACGUGCCGGUCCUCCGGCAGCAAACCUGCAGCACAGCUCCGGUGGAAGAAGGGCAACAAAGAGCUGAAGGCUGAGGGCACCGAGGUGGUGGAGGACUCCAAUGGGAAGACCUUCACCGUCAGCAGCCGGGUGGAAUUCCGUGUCACCAAGGAGGACAACGACGCCGAGGUGACCUGCACAGUGGACCACGAGUCCUUGCAGAACUCUGAGAGGUCAACCACACAGAAGCUGCAGGUCCACUACAAACCAACAGCGAAGAUCGAACCGCACCCGCAGUACCCACGGGAAGGAGAGAAGCUGCAGCUGCAGUGUGACGGGCAGGGCAACCCCGUCCCCCAGGAGUUCCUAUGGGAGAAGGAGGGCAGCGACGCUCCGCUGCAGCUCAGCUCCGACAGCAUCCUCAUCUUACCGGGGCUGCUGGCAGGUAGGACACUGGAAUGGUGUCCCCGAUGUGACCCAGAGGCAGGAAGAGAAAUGGGGUGGUGGAAGGUCCAUCCCUGCCAUGGUCCCACCCGUGGGCUCUGUCCCUGCCAGGGACUGAUUGCUGUCCCUGUGUUUUUGUCGUCCUCCCCAGAUCUUUCCCAGCUCCCCACCCCACACGUUCACUCCACUCCAGCCCCUUCGCCAGGCCCUUCCCAGCCCAUCUCUCAUGCUUCCACGGCCACCGCUUCAUCCUCCACUCCAGCUCCCAUCCAAGAUGCCAGUCCGGUGCUGUCGACUUCCAGCACGUACCACGCGGUCAUCGGCGGAGUGGUGGCCGUCAUUGUCUUCCUCCUGCUCAGCCUCCUCAUCGUGCUGGGACAUUACCUGAUCAGGCACAAAGGUGUGUGCAUAAGACACGGGGAGACCAUCACAGCCAGACCGCAGCAAAACCCACCCGAGGUGGUGAUGUGCACCUACCUGACCCACGAGGCCAAGGGCUCCGACGACGCUCCGGAUGCCGACACGGCCAUCAUCAACGCGGAGGGCGGCCAAGCGGGCGGCGACGACAAGAAGGAAUAUUUCAUCUAAAGGGCAUCGGAGAGGGUGAGAAAUGGAGCCAGCGAACCCCGAUGGAAACGGAAACCAGAACACAAACCCCACUCAACCCAACAGAUUUACUCUCGUGCCCGGCACGGGCGGACGGAUGGACGGACGGACAGAGUGAUGGCGGGACAGAGAGCAGAGAGCGACCGGCUGAGAUGUGAUGAUGCUUCUUCUUGAACUUGUACAAAACGUUGUUACUACGAACAGCGAAAGCCCCGUUUGCUUGCUUGCACCUCCAACCCCGCGCCCGGCGCUCGCGCGAAACACAGACCAAGCAGUGAGUGA